AGACGCUUUGUUCGGGGGAACCGCCUGCAUCAGUUUUGUACCUUUAUUCAGAGAGGUCAGUUCAAUUAUUUAUAAUAAAACAAUUUAGAAUGUCAGUAUUUUAUAUUUAAGUGAACUUCAAUGCAUUUUGGGAAAGCAAGUGGGGACAUUUUAGUGAUUCUAUCACACGACACAAACUGUGUCGGUAUUGAGGCGCAUGAGCAGAUACUUCACAUCAACCGUGAGUUCGACUGGCACAAAAACUCGUCCGCUGGAAUUAGCCUACUGCAGUCAGUGGCAGCGUGAGUUAUACUGAAACUCUCCGCUUCCUUAGUGGACGCCUGAUACUGGCUCUCAUUACCAAUGAGACACAUUUAACUGUCUUGGCAUCUUGUUGGAGUUGGAUAAGAAAUGACGGGUCCCAAGCGACGCUAAGGGUGGCCUGAAUCUCAACCAAAGAGGAAUAACAACUGAAGACAACAUCCGAAGUUGGCAUGAAGCAUCGCGCUUCGUAACGCAUUCAAUCUAAGGAGAUUUAUGUCCAGGAUUAUUGCUCAGAUUCUCCAAAAUAUCUCCCGUAUGACUAUAUCUUAAAUAGAAGAUCCACCUGGUUCAGUUGAAGUGUUUGUGUCAUGAUGAUCUCCAGGCACACGUUGUUUUCAGCAGGUUGGGAGUCGGUGGUGCUGUCCAGCGUCCUGCUUCUUCACAUCGCUCCUUUGUGUGUUAAUGGCAGUUCGUUUAUCUCCAAUUCUACUGGAACUAACUCCUCAGACCUGAAUGGGAUGGGGCUUAAGCCUGCACUUCCUGGUGAGGUCACACCUAUUGCCAGGGCCCACGUUCACUCUCGGAAACCACGAGCUGGAGAAGAGUCAGGCAGUGGUGGAGAAACCUCAACCAGUGCUGUGACGGACAGCAGUGUUGAUUCAGCCGAAAGGGAACACGUCAUUGAUUUGACGAUAGAUGGCAUGGCUGCCCGGCUGCCCACGCUGGCUGAACCCCGGACACGUGGCCUGUCCCAGCUAGACUUUAACGAGGAGAGAAUUGAGGACAGCGCUCCACGCUGGAAGAGCGAGAGACUACAAGCGGAUGGGACGUUUUUAGAGUCCACCCCUUCCCAACCAGAAGAAGUUAUCACGGUGAAUUUUUACAAUCCGUCUUACCAACAGCAUGUUCUUGAUCCUCCUGCUUGGGUUCAGGAGCUCCAGGGUGGAGAUCCAACCUCCUGGACGCUUUCUGAUUUUUAUGAUUAUCUGUCACCUGACUAUUCACCCACUGAAGUUUAUCUAGAGGAGAGCCAACCAACGCCACCUGACAUGGAAGAUGAAAAUGUUCCUCUCAUAGCCAGUGCAAUUCCCUCCAACACUAGAGUUAUUACACCUGAUGAUGGAUCUGGAGAAUCUUCACCUGGAGCAUCGGAUGGGCUCAACUCUGGUUGUCUCUAUGGUUUUGUGCGUUACAAUGGCACAUGUAUCUCGUCAUGCGACAUCUUCCCCAGUUACUGCUUCAAUGGAGGACAGUGUUAUGUGGUUGACGGUAUUGGUGCUUUUUGCCGGUGUAACAUUCAGGAGUAUAUCUGGAACAAAGGCUCCAGGUGCGAGUCGGUCAUUUCUGACUUCCAAGCGAUGUGUAUAGCAGUGGGUGGAGCUGCCAUCAUGUUGUUACUCCUCUUCAUGCUUAUAGUCUUUUUCUCCAAGAGGAUGCACGUGCUUAAGACUGAAAACAGACGACUUCGCAAGCACAGUAAGUUCCGUCCAAAGUCGGAGCAGCAUAUCGAUAACUUCUCGCUGUCCACUGUCGCAGAGGGCUCUCAGGCAAAUAAAACCAUGAGCAGAUACACGUGGGAAUAUAAACCCAAAGAGGAUCCCUGCAGCGAGGAUUGCACUUGCAAAGAAGAGCCAUGCAAAUGUCCCCCUAAAGAGGACGAGUCUUUGAACAACCAGAACUCGCUCACGCCAAAACUGGAAAACGACGAGGCUGCAACAGAAGACAAUGCGGAGGAGGGUGGUGUGACCAUCGACUUAGAGUUGCUUCUCCCCAAAGAGGCGAAAAUGCUCCCCGAGACAAGCCCCCCACUGCACUACAACGUCUUUCUCUACAAGCUCCCCAAAUCCCCUAAAAAGUCCCCUGUGCUGCGCCGGCCUCCUGGCAGAUCUGUACAGGGGAGGCCUCUGUCCCAGCUCUGCCCCAGACGCAGCUCCGAACCCAGCUACAGCCCCAUUAGCACACGUUCCCUACCGGGAGUCCUGUCCGGCUCAUCCAGCCCUCACCUGGGCACGGCCUACACACCUUAACAUGAGUGAUGUACAACAAAACAAAUGGCAAAUUUAUCCUACAUGAGACUUCACCGUGAGAAAUUUAAGAGACACUGAUUGGUAAUGAGUGAAAGUCUUGUGGAUGAACAAGACAUGGAUUGGGAUGCAGUUUAAAAGCAUUGGACUUUACCGAAACAAAAUCACUGAGCAGCACAAUAAAGGUAGAUGAUAAAUGGUGAGAUGAAUUAGCAUUGUUGUGCAACAGGAGUAUAAAGGGAAAAUAAGUCAAGAAACUGUUAAUUUGGUGUUACAGACAAACAUGGAUGUCAUAUGUGUUAUGGUGCCAUGUUUUAUGUUGCAUUUUGUCAAACAGCACAUUCAUAUUCAUACACAUGCAUUCACAAAAAUGAUGGAACCUGUAAACAUUCAGGGCAAACAAACAACUUGAUAACUAUUAUUAUUAACAAGGUGCUUUUUGUGUGUUUUUAAU